AUGUCCGCCACGUUCAAUUGGAACGUGUUCCCCAGCACUCGGCUCGACGAGGCCAAACUCGUCACUCCCCUCGGGUGUCUAUUCACGCCGUUCCCUGAAAACCCACCAAAACCGUGCCAUGGCGUUCCCUUGAAAUGCCAGUGUCUGGCGAUUACGGGGCCCCACACGAAGUUGGACCGCAAAAACGGCAUGUGGUGGUGUGGCUUCUGCCAAAAGAAGACGUUUGGGGCCAUCGACGAGCUGCUGGCAGCGUAUACCGCCGACUCGGUGGUGUAUGAUUGUGUCGACAUCGGCACCCAGCCCGUGGACCAGAUCCAAGUUUUGGUCAUUGACACGUGGCAACACAGAGACCACCAACACUGGAACGAUCUUAAGGAGGCGUUGACUCACGCCGCGGGCGACGAUAAGUACCUAUUAAUCACGUUUAGUGAUACCGUCCAUGUACACCGGCCCCAGGGGGAAAUGGUGGGGUUUGACCAGGCUGAACUGACCUUGGCAGGAUUAUUUAACGACCAAGGUUUAGCUAGAGUGCACCAGCGGCUCAAUUUGCCCCGUUCUAAUAGUGAUUUGCUGGCAUACUUAUUUCUGGCGGCGGACCUAACCGACCGGCUCGACGCCCUCAGCGCCAAGAUGUGUACCACGUUCUUACCCAGCCGUUGUGUUGGCUAUGCUCUAUACAUUGCUGCAGUGAUGAUUGCCGCUGGAGUGUACACCGCCCAAGUACACGCGUUCGUCGCUGGGCCCGGUACCCAGUUCCCCGGCUUAAUCACCGAGGCUAAUACUCGCCCAAGGCUGCACCAUGACAUCGAACAACUCCAAGCUCCCCAUUAUCUCCCCGCUUACAAGUAUUACCUGAUAUUGGCGUUGGCGGCGGCGGGCCAUACCCUCCAGGAUGCUUUCGUCAUUGGCGACUCGUUGCUGAAGAAACCCACCAGUAUCAACCCUUUGGGACCUCAGUGGAGUCUCCAGCUAUAUACGGGCCUGGUGGAGCAGGUAGGCGUCCACGAGAUGCGCCCGUUAGUGAGUGGGCUGGGGGGACUGGUGUAUGCGUUUGAGCUGUUUGCCCUGUCUCGCUUCAGAGCUCAGUUAUCUUUGAGACCAGCUCAUUAUACUAAUGCUGAGCUCACGGUGGUGACGCUGACGGACCUCAAAGUGGGGCGAAUGGUGUUUGGCGGGGUCCCGUUGCCUCUGCUGUAUAGUCGGGCCCAGGCCACUGCUGACACCCACCCAGAGAAAAUCAGCGAUACCGUCACGCGCUACGACGCCCUGGUGGGUAAAAAACUGUAUACGAACCGGUGGCAAUUCCCCCGUUUGACUGGAGACGAUACCCUUGCCGUGUUCUUCGAAAUGAACACGGUGCGGCUGCUGGACCGCCUCGCAGUGCUGGGCACGGAACAGGUCCACAUCCAGUUCCAGUUGAAGUACUGGGACCAUAACAGUCGGUGCUGGCGGCUCCAAGUUACCACGGUUAAUAAACCCACUACACUACUGGUACUUGCCAAAAACAAGCGCAAAUACACUGAUGGGCUGACGAGGAUCGUCACUAAGGAUAAUAUGAUGCUCAAGGACCUUGCGUUGCUCCAAAGCUUUGAUCAGACGGCUUGGGUGGUACUUUUAGCGCGGCUAUUGGUCAACAAAAUCGACUACACUCUCGGGUUUGAACCGCUAGAUCUGGUGGCAGCGAUCGCCGACGAUGCCCUUGUCGAGCUCUUCCACCAUUUUGGCGCCAUCUCCGAGCUGGGCGUGGUGGGCCAGCUGGUGUACCACGACUUAAACAGACGCUAUCACAUCAAUCCGCGGUUUGCUCGCCUCCCCAGUAUCAUAUACAACCUCCGCAAAAACCCUCAGUUGUUCCGCAUCUUCAACUCGUCGCCUGAUGAAACGGCGGUGUACCAUCACUGGUUUCUCCGGUUCCUGGAGCAGGAGCUGGUGAUGGCGAUUGAGCCUAAACUCGAAGUGGUGGGGCGGGGGCCGGUGCCGCUUGACCCCCAGUGUCUCGAUAUGCCUCUGGGGACGUGGAUGGUGCUUGAUAAUCAAUUCACGGUGAUUAUAUACAAAGUGGUGAAGACUGCUGACGAUGACGAACACUUACACCCAUCAAAUAACGAGGACCGCAUCUUUGCUCGCGAUCUCCCGCCUCCAGUGGUGGAAUAUCUUGAUAAACCACGCCGCUUUAUCCCCAAAUACGUCCUCACACAGACUGACCAUUCGCAACAGAGAUUUCUCCACCUGCGGCUUAAUCCGGCUAACAGGGAUAUCGAGGUCGAACGGGUGGAGAAACUGUUUUUGGGGCUUUUCUCCCGCAAAGUGGUGAAGCCAGUGGCGUCAUACGACUUGUUGAUGACCGACGAUAUCAGCUUAGACCAGUUUUACGAUGGGGUGACUGCGAAAGUGAAGAAGUUUUCCCCUUAG